AUUGAAUGGUAAUCAAGUUUUGUUUUCCUGUGGUGAUUAAAAAUCAAGAAAUUGACCACAGGAUAUAAGACCAAUUGUUUUAUCUUUUUGCUGAGAAUUGUUUGGUUUUUAUCAUUUACCAACUCACGCUCUCUUGUUUAUUCGCACUAUACCUGAAGCACUAUUUUUACACCGAAAUGAAGUCUGUCACCAGUUUAAUGAUUGAAAAUGCUCCAGUCUUGGAGACUUCGUACGAUACAAUUGAAGGAAUGGCAGUUGACUAUAAUUCUAAAAAGUAUUCAGGAGAUAAAUUGAGAACGAUUAUUGAGGAAAAUUAUGAGUAUAUCAACAAUAAGCGCUAUGACCGAGGAAUGUGUUUGAAUGUGAUUUCUGUUUUAAUGAAGUAUAAUAUGGUGAUGAAUGUUGAUCAAGUUGUUGCGUUAAUUCUUUGUUCAUUGGCUCAAUCUGAAAAGGAGGUGUUGAUUCCAUAUGCUAAGAAUUUGAUUGAAAAUCCCGAAAAUGAUCCUAUUAUUAUUGAUUAUAAUUUUCGAUGGUACAAGGACACAAAUGAGUUUACAUUUAAGGAUGAAGCAAACGAUUUAAUUGCAACUAAACAUGAAGCUAAAGAGGGGGGGCCUGUUAUUGAUAUUCACUACUAUCGAUAUGUGAAGAUUCAAAAAAUAUUAAAAUUUUUAGAGGAACAUGAAGUUAUUGUUAAGAAUUCAAUUAUUAUUAAGAAGCCUACUGAUUUAAAGAGAAAAAUGGAUAAAGAGAAUAUAACCAAAGUAAUGAAUGUGUUAAUUGAGUUGAGGAGAGAUCGACCAAAGUUGAACUAUGAUCAAAAGCUUGAGAUUCCUGAUUAUAUUGUUGACAAUUUGUGUUUAAAGCAUAAAUUGAAUUUAGAUUUCGAUAAAGAUGAAAAAGAUGAAAGAGAUGAAAGAGAUGAAAGAGAUAAAUUGACAAAUAAAUUGAAGAGAAUAAAAUUAAAUGAUAAUGUUGAUAAUAUAAUAAUUAAUAAAAUUGUUUCGAAAAGAUUAUUUCGAGCUAUUCAGAGAACACUUUACAGAUGCAAACCAGAUUUUAAUGAGAAUAUUAAUCUUCACUUGUAUGAAUUUGAUAGAAGAGGUCUUGAUUCAAAUAUUAUGGAUAGUGGAGAUCCAUUGAUAAUCGGGUUGAAUUUUUUGCGAAUUCAAAGAAAUUCACAAAAAAAGCUAGUUGGAUUUGGGUAUCCAGGUGAAUUUAUAGGAAAGGGAGAUGGCAAAAAGUAUUGUCAAAAUACCCCAUAUAUAUUGAGUAAAAUUGAAUUAAAGAUGAUUGAAAUGAUACAAAACAAGAAAAGAAAAAGUGAUUUGAAAUUGUUGGAUAAGAUCGAGCUACCGGGAAUGGAAAACCAAGAUGCAGAACAACAAGAAAAAGAAGAGAAAAAAGAAGAGUUGAUUUAUUUGUUUGAACAAUUGGAUAAAACGUGUUUUUAUUUGGCUGAAUAUGUUGAUAAAUAUGGUGGAGGCGAUUUUGAGAACUUGGUCGUAUAUUUUAAGAGAAAGUUGUAUAUUGAAAGAGAGAAUUUUUAUAAGAGAAAGAUUAGUCAAGAAAAGUUGAAAGAAUUGGAAGAAUUUGAAAAAGAGCAAGAAGAGCAAAAAAACCAAAGAAUUAAAGUUAAUAGAGGCGAUAGAGGCGAUAGACAUUUGGAUAUUAAUAGCGAAUAUUAUAAAGCCAUUAUAGAAAAAGAAGAGGAAAGAAAAAAUAAAUUUCGAGAUCUAAGGAGAAGAAAAGAAGAAGAGGAUAAAAUCGAGAAAGAACUUAUUGAAAGAACUAAAAGACAGAUAAAGUUUACGGCAAAGGAUGGAGGAAGAGGACCUACACCAUUUUACAAUAAUUUAGUUACGUUGGCCCGAAGAAUUGAAAGGUUGAUUAAUGAUUUACAAGAUGAGGAAUUUAAAAUAGGGAAAUUGAGGAAAUUUUUGGCGAUAGAUAUAAUGAAGUAUGGAUGGGAUUGCAGUUUUGAUGACGAUGCGUUUGCCAAUGGAUUUAUCCCAGGAUGGUAUUAUUAUUUAAAGGACAGAGGAUAUGAAAAUAAGUUUAAGUGUUUGGAAAUAAACCAUCCCAAGCCCGAAGAAGUGAAGAAUGAAAAGGAUGAAAAGAAUGAAAAGAAUGAAAAGGACGAGGAGAAUCAAAAAAAUGCAAAUGAAAAAGAGCUGGUAGAAGAAGAUUUCGAAGGAUGGGCAUUAUUUUGAGUUUUAGUCAGUGAUAAGUACAGUUGAUACAGUUUUAAUGUAUAUAUUUUACGGUUUAUAUUGUCAUCAACAGCAGAUUCACAAAGAGAAAGUUUGGUGAACAAGCCUAAAGUUUCUAAAGCUGAAAUUGCCUAACAG